AUGUCGAUGUCUUUCGAAGAGGCAAGUUCUAAGGUGAAAGAAUGGACCGCGAAACCGCCAUCGCAGGACGACCAACUAGAACUCUACGGGUGGUUCAAACAGGUACUACUCAACUUUGGUACUAAUCAACUUCGGUUCAAACAGGUACUGAGGUUAUCACCGUGGGUUGUACCACUGUGGAUGAGAUGACAUGAACUAGCGGUUAGUCCUGAGUAAGUAGCUAGUUGGGUACUCCUAUGACAAAGUAAUUUGUUUGCUUUGAUUCCUACUAAAUGAAGAACUACAAGAAGCACAGAAUUGCUGAUCAAACGGUGGACGGCGAGUCAACUCCUAUUCCUAUCACUCAAAUACUGAACUCAAUACCGCUAAAUGUUAAAGAUUCUUCCACUAUUCCUCUCUUUCCUUGUUUAUCACAACUUCACUCUUCUUUUUAACGCACUUCUCUUAGUAUCACCACCUUUUGAAAAGACACGAUAAUUCCUCUCAUCUUCCCUUGUUUAUCAUCUAUCUAAAUCUAACACUCUGAGGUGAAAGAAGGCGACGUGAAGGGGGAUCGCCCUGGCAUGUUUUCGAUGACGGCACGUGCCAAAUGGGACGCCUGGGAGAAGUGCAAGGGCACCUCGGCCGAUGAUGCGAAGAAGAACUACGUCGCUAAAGUCGAGAAGUUGAAGGCCACUUGCGGUUGAGCCUACGGUCCUCUAGCAGGACAAGGUAAUGGAGUGUGUUUGGAGGAGUGUGUUUCACGACGAUCUAGCCUACAGUGGAAGGUGGAGAAACAAGAAGCACAUUGUCGUUGGAAAAGAACUCGCUAUGGACGCGAACACCGAUAGUCUUCUGACACCGGUGGAACUUUGUUUUAAACGAUGGGGUAAAACUUCAAGAAUCGUACUGCUAAGCAUUUCUCCGACGAUUUUUAUUGUAUAAGUCUGUCUAAAAUGACGGACUAUCAAAUAAUAACGUCUACAUAGCAUUCAACUUCUCGAUUACGACCGAUUCGAUGCGAUUGAUACUAUCAUUUUUGCAAGUACACAAUUUACGGUUGCCGGCUUUCUGAUAAACCUGUUGCAUGGCACAGUUGAACUGAAGAGCGGCCUUUCGCAACAUUAUUUGUGUUCUAUUGAG